GGCAGUGUCCGGGAGCCUGCCUCCAAGCGCCGGCAGCCUCGACCGCGUGGAUCUAAACGUGGCAGGACGGGGCUGCGGAAGCACCGGCGCCCGCUGGAAGACACCUGCAGGCACUGAGGUCCCGUCCAGCUGGAGGCAGGGGAGAAUCCGCUGCGAGAGAGAGCCGAGCACUUGCAGAGCCUUUGGCACCUGAGCCCUGGAUUUGGCAGCAGCUAGAGGAAGCGGUUGUGGGGCAAGGAAACAUUUCAGUGUGAGCUGGCCGGUUGUUCGCCAUGAAUGGGGCUGUCCUCCUUUUCCUGGGGCUGGGGCUGUUGGAGGCCGAAGGCAGGUGUUUCUUAAAUCGCACUCAGAAGCACUGUGUGUGCUACAACCUGUCUGAGGAAAGCGUAGGCAGCAUCAUCCAGUGCUUCCCAGCCUCUGUUGUGGAGUUCCGGGGCGGAGAGCUGGAGAGAUACAUAGCCUUCCCCAUCACUGACCUGGACACCUCCACCACUGAAAUGCUGGGCUCCCUUGUCAUCAGGAAAAUAAUUUUUGGUGAUCUCCUGGUGCCUGAGAUACUCCUCGCCCGAGUCCUGAGGUUCUUCUCCUACACCCAGGUGCAGGAGCUGGCGUUUGAGAGCUGCGUUUUUGAGGGGAGAGGCAACUGGGAUGAAAUGGCUGACCAGAACUUGCCCAUAUUGUCUCUGCACUUCCACAACGUGACAUCCGCCCCACUGACGGGCCGCGAACAGGACUUGUCUAGUCUGAGCAGCUGGCUGGAGACCCUGCAGGAGCUGGCUGUCACUGGCUCCCAUGUCACCAGCCUGCCCUGUGGCAUCGGAAGGGUGUUCAGAGCUCUGCGCUCCCUGGACAUGGCACAAAACAGCCUUGGGGAUGAGAGCUUGAUGCCCACCUUCUGCAAGGGGGCUUUCCCUCAGCUCCAGGUACUGAGCCUGCAGCGCAACAACCUGACGUCCUACCACAGCGUGUGUGAAAGCAUGCAGCUGCUGCCUGAGCUCCAGCAUCUAGAUCUCAGCCAGAACAAGUUCAUGGCAGACCCAUCUUCCUCCUGCCAGUUCCCAGUGUCCCUCCAAAUCUUGAAUUUGUCCAACACUGGCUUGGAUGAAGUCCUCACACCUCUGCCUCCCCAUCUAGAAGUGUUGGACCUGAGCUGCAACCACCUCCAUGCUGUAGACAUCUCCCUCAGCUCCCUGAAGAAGCUCUUCCUGAGCCAAAACGUGCUGCAGGCUGCCCCCUCCAUCAGGAAUUACCCCAUGCUGGACACCCUCCACCUAGACAACAACUUGAUUACAGAGCUGCCAGGGGAUGAGGUGAAGCUCCUGGGGCACUUGCAGGAUGUGGCUGCGGCAGGCAACCCCUACAACUGCUCGUGCUCUGGGGCUGGGGGGCUCCAGGCGCUGGCGGGCACGGGGCACCUUGGGCAGGGCUGGCCCCGGGACUACGUGUGUCACUCCCCUCCUCGGUACCAGGGCAGGCUGGUGAAGGAGGUGCCGGUCUCAGUGCUGCAGUGUAACAGUGCUGCCGUGAUUGCCCCUCUCUGCAUCGCCCUCGCCUCCCUCGGCGUGGCCGGGGCCAUCUGCCUGGUCAGAUCCAGGCCUGGGCUCAUCCGGCCCUGCCACAGGGUGUGAAGGAGGCAGGUGACCGUUCCCACCAGUGCUUCUCUGCAGGGGCUCAGCCCCUGGGGCUACAAGGCCAGGAGCUCUGUGGGAAUACUCACAGGACCCCCAAGUGCUGGUGAGGGGCUCUCUCUUUCUCUCCAGUCCAGGCUCCCCUGUGGGGCAGGACUGUCCCCAGCAUCACCUCACAGUGGCUGUGGUUUUGCCCAUCCAAGUUUUGGGGAAACCCCCAAGAAAAUCCCCUUGCCAAGCUCUGUCCCAGAGCUGCACCCUCCCAGAGGAGUUUUCCUGAUUGCCAACUCUAACCCCCCAAGCCCCAGCAUGCAGCCAUUCCCCCCUGUGAUGCCAUCUGCCCUGAACAAGAGUUCAGCUCCAUCACAUUUGCGGCACUGCAGGCAGCUCUCGGAUGCUCCAAGUGUCACCGGGGUCUGAUGGUGCUCCCCCCGCCUUGUAGCCCUGUGUCCCCCAGCCCAGCCACCCUUGCAGCCUCUGCGGCCCCUCUGCUGAUCCUCCACUUCUCCUCACCCAGGGAUAUGGCUGGGCCAUGCCUGUGAGGAUGUCUGCUUAACUGCUAUUCAGCAUAAGAGAAAAACCACAAAAGACAGGAAAAGGAAUAAAUGAAACACCCCUAUACAGAAAUGCUAACGGGUGGGAGGUAACAGGGACAGUAACCAAGACCCCAGCUCUCAAGGCACUGGUGGAUGAACUCCUCAAGUGUGAUCUUGAAGAGGUUCAACCAGAAACUUUUUAACUGCUAAGAAGAAAACUGAUUUAUUCUGGGUUCUGGGUUAUUCAGAAAAUGUCCCAUAGGAAAGAGAAAAUUGAAUGUGGGAUGCUGAGGGAGAUCAGAGGGGAAUGCAAAACUUGCUGGGGAAUGCUUGGGGGAAGGAUCAACGGGAGGAUCACGGUGGGUGGGUGGGGAAGGAACAAGCAUGGGAAAUUGGGGACGGGGAAGAAGGGGGCUGGUUGUAGGUAGGCAGCGCUCACCCGGCCAAGCCCUGCGCUUCAUCCCCAUGGUCUGUCCUGCCUUCUCAUUAAAAUCCAUUCCUGGGUA